GUAGCUUCUGUGACUGUGGAAGAUACCGGAAAAUUGUAGGACAGAUGGAUAUCAACAUUGCUCGUUUGAACAAUACAAUGCGCUUUGUAAAGAAUGUAAUAGCAGGUAUUAAAGAGACAGCAGAGAAAUUUUACCUAAUUGUGAAAGAAGGGAAGAAUUACAAUGCUGCGCUUGUGCACUGCCAAGACAGAGGAGGAACACUGGCGAUGCCAAAGGAUGAAGAAACAAACACACUGAUUGCUGCCUAUGUGAACAAGACUGGUUUAUCUCGUGUGUUCAUUGGGGUGAAUGACCUAGAAAAGGAAAGACAAUUCAUGUACACUGAUGCUACCCCUCUCCAGGAUUACAGUCAUUGGAGACCAGGAGAACCCAACAAUGCUUUUGGAGGUGAGGAUUGUGUAGAAAUUGUAAGUGAUGGAGGUUGGAAUGAUGUGGAAUGCCAUCUCACCAUGUAUUUCAUCUGUGAGUUUUUAAAAAAGAUUUCAUGACCUAAACAGUUUUACCAAAGAUAACACUCGCGAGUGGCUUAUAAUAAAAAUAUUCUGUUUUUAUCUUUGGUUUGUAACGUGGUAAAUGAUAAUUAAAUACACAUAAUUAGAUCAGCCAAUUCUAUAUUAAAUCAUAAAAUUAUGUACAAAGCUUUUGGAUUUCAAAGGAAGAUGUUGGGGUAAAACAUUGUUCAAAGAUUUACUUUUCUGAUUCGGAAUUUGACUAUUUUGAACUCUGAUGUUUUUUUUGGUGUGUUUUGCAAUUCAGAGCAGGAUAAUCUAAUAUGUUCCCCACAGGGUUCCAUGUAAUUUAGCCCCAUACAUUAUUUCCUACUAUACAGCCCAAAUUUUUUAAUAUAAUUGUCUCUUUUAUAGUUUAACAGCAGACCCCAUUAUGAAAUCCGUAACACCUUUACAAUCUCUUUUCAAAGAGGUGUGUACCCUAGGGGCUAUGCAUUUUCCCAUUUCUUGUUGUAUUUAAUAUAGAUGUCACAAAAAUACCAAAUUCUCAACAACGUGGUCAGCAUUUGUAACUUUUGAGCAUUUGUAACUAAAGUAAUUUGCUCCCUCUGCUGUUAAUUUUUUAAACUCCACUCCACCAGGUGGGAAAGGUAUAGGGUUAAGGGGAUUAAAAUGGGGAAAAUUGGGUGAUCAGUCAAAGGUUGCUCUGGUAUUAUUUUCUCUUUGGUGACAUUCAAGUCCCCUUCAGGCAGUAAAACAUCCAAAGAUGUAAAAUUCUUGGUGCCACAAGGUAUGAAAUUGGGUUUAUUUCAGACAUUCCUUCUGACAUAGUUCCUGUUGUUCAAAAGAUAAACAGCUGUCUGUAUACUUCAUUCCGAACAGAAAUAACACAAUGGAGAGUGCUACUAUUAUUCUUGAGCCCUCUUCUUAGAUAACGGGGACCUGUAAAGGAAGGUUCAAUUGUAAUCUGAAUAGGCAGAAUCCCAGCUCAUGGAUAAUCUGGUCAUAUGAUAUGAAUCCAUCCUAGGAUAUCUGGGAGCAAAAAUUCUCUGCUGUGAGAAUAAACCCAAAAGCUGUUUUUACAAGGCUAACAGCAUUGAUUUUAUCUCAGUCCACUACCAAGAAAGAGUCAAUAGCAGCCCCAUGGGAAAGAGAUAUUUCUGCCAUUUGGCGGAAUUCCAACUAUUGGAUCAUGGAACUUGACUCUUUUCAUUUUUGUUUGGACUUUCUCCACUACUCAUCUUCCAAUUCAGUCAAAGCUAGGAGGAAAGUCUCAAAAAGGCUAGAAAAUCUCCACUAGAGCCAAGACCAGGAGUAGGCCCAAGCAAACUAUCAGUUAACGCCAUCUUGGGCUCCACUGAUGUCACAACUCAGACCCAGCCGCCUGCUGCAUUCACUGCCAAACUGCUGGUUUUGGUAAUGGUCAACGGCUGCUGGUUCCUUCUCUAGCUGCUUCAGGUUAUCGGCAGUACCGGCUUGGCAGUUGAGGUGUCUCCUGGCCACAUUUAUGUACAAGUAUAGCUUCAAGAGGCUGCACUUAAUACACACUGUUUGCAGUGCCUGCUUCUGGGCACAUGUGGAUAUAAUUGGUGACUGUGUACCAGCAGCAGGUUUCAGGAUGAGUUUGUUUCCCUCGACGUGGGAAAUCAGUCAUGCAGGGAGUCACUGCAACAUCGCUUGCUGUGGUUUAUCGUAGUCCCUUUCUUUAUGCAGUAAGAUAGUGCCACUUACUCAAAACAGUCAGCAGCAAUGAGAAUGAAGUUCAGAGAGAGUGAGAAAGACACUAAGAGUUGGAACUUUCCCGUUUUAAAACAUAUUGCCCAUUAGUCUUUUUUUUUUGCAAAAAGCUGUUGUCAAAUGGAGGUACCUGACACAUUUUUUUUUAGCUUUUUUCUCCUCAAUACUUGAACAUUACUUAGUUCCGGUCCAAAAGUACAUGACGUUAAAUGUAAAUCAUUGUUAUUUUACUUUGCCUUGUAUAGUUUGCACCUAUGUUUAUCUCUUUUUGUUAAAUGUAAAUUAAAAAGAACCUGAGAUCUGUUUGAAAA